AUGUUACACUAGAUUUUUCUUAAUGAACUUUUCCUAAUGAAGACAAAACAAUUGACUAGAUGAUUUAUCAACAGAGAAUUUUUUUGACGACAUUCCACUAUCUGCCCAAAAUUAAGUAACACAUUUUACAAUCAGGUUAUUUAAAACACAAGAUAUGGAACAAAACAUAAGUCCUUCUACAAUAACAGUUGGCUUGUCUAAUGCUUCAGGAAAUACAGGUUCUUAUUUGAGACGCCUUGUUACAAAGUCACCAUUAGAGGCAAUGGCACAAAGAUUUGGUCAUGUAGUUCGUGAAUUUCAGAUCAAUUUACCAUCUCAGAUAAACAACAGAUAUGAUAAUUUACAAUGUUCUGAUGAUUUAACCACCUUCCCAGUUAAUCCUAGAACUACUUCCUCUUUGUCACUAAUGUAUCCAUAUUUCACCCCCAUCCCUCCACUCCACUACUUUAAUGCUGUAACUACUACUACUACCACCACAUUAACAUCGAUAGCAACCACUACUAUUAUCAGUAACAUUUCGCCUGAUAGUAGUCCUCACAGUGUUUCUAAACUUCCUCUUCUACUAUCGAAACCAUCGUUUGAUUAUUUCCACUCAAAAUUAUGUGAAACAGGUUCAAUAUCAGAAAAUCUGUCUAAGAUUACGUCAUUUAGUGCGUUAAAACAAAGUUGUAGUCGAGACUUGCAUAAAAUGAAUGACACUGAUACUAUGACUGAAGAUUGCAGUGAUCCUUUUAUGUCAUCAGAUGUUUGUUCAUUAAACUCAGUACAACAUUCUCAUGAAAAAGAAAACUUUCGAAAUCCAUUAUGCGUAAGAUCAAGCCAUUUAAAUAGUUUACAAGAAAAUCAGUUUAACGAAACAAAUGAAUAUGAACUUAACUCAUUUGUAAACGAAGCUACAACUUACGGUUUGAACUUAUCAUUUCAAAAUGAUAAAAUGACUAAGCAUGAGAGAUCAUACCAUAAUUUUGAAAACUGUCGUCAUGGUUUCUUGAAUGGAACUAAUCACUGUGAUAUGUCAAAUUCAAAUAACUUAUCAAUAUUUGAAUGUAAAAACUAUUCAUAUCCCAACAAUUUGAUAAAUUCGAAUCUCUGCCUUUCUAAAUGUGAUCAUACUGUGGCAUAUUCAUCAUCAAUGUUCAAUAAUUCUUCAGAAACAUAUACUUGCUCAAAUCAUUCUGUAAAAUAUCCAGCUUCACCAUCAAAUAUUUAUUUAAACAAAUCAAUACCAAUGUUUUGGUCAAAUGAUUGCAAUAACCCAAAUGUGAAACCACCAUUUUCUUACAUUACACUGAUUGUUUCAGCAAUGAAUUCAAAAUUAUCAAAAAAGAUUACAUUGAAUGAAAUUUAUGCAUGGAUUAUGCAUACAUUUGCUUAUUAUCGUAAAAAUACAAGAAGAUGGCAAAAUUCCAUAAGACAUGCAUUAUCAUUUAAUGAUUGCUUUAUUAAAGUGCCCCGUCCAUCUGGUGAAGCUGGUAAAGGUUCUUAUUGGACAGUGCAUCCAUUAGCCAUAGACAUGUUUGAUAAUGGUUCAUCAAUGCGUCGUAAUCGUAAAUUUAUUGAUGAGAAUCGUUAUCGUCAUAAUCAUAAUCAUGCAACUAUACAUAUGAAUGGAAAAAAGUAUACAUCUAUUAAAAAUUACGGAGUUAAUUUAUUAAGUCAUCCUCCUCAUUAUCAUCAUCAAUCACGAGUAAAUAUGAAUAAAAGUGACAAUGUACAAUGGUCAAUCAUGAUUAAAAAUAAUAAUAAUAAUAAUAAUAAUAAUAAUAAUAAUAACAGUAAUGUACAAGAUUCUAUUUCAACUCAUUCAAAUUCAUGUGAUAAAUAUCAUCAGAAUGACGAUGAUGAUGACGGUGAUAAUAUUGACGGUUAUAUGGAUAAGUUUACUAGAAAAGUGAAAGAAUCCACUGUAUACAACAACAAUGAUGAUAACAUAAACAGUAAGAAUCAUAAUUAUAAAUGUAACUCCAAAGAUGAUCAUAUAAAAACAAUAACAAUGUUGAAUCCAAUAAAAUCUCCUUCUACUAAUACUACUACUACUACUACAGAGAAAUCAUGGAAAACUUUAUCCAUACCGUCAGAUACAUUAAACUGUUUAAAUGAUUACAUUCAUCAUAUUUAUGAUAGUAAUAGUAAUACUAACAAUAAUAAUAACAGCAAUCAUAAAAAUUCCCAAUAUAUUCCUUUUCCUCCUCCUCCCUCUCAUCAUCAUCAUCAGAAGAAGAAGAAUUUAAAUUUUGACGCGGGUACAUUCCAUUACAAUUAUUCCGUUAACGAUUACAAAUGUGAAAUGAUUUUGUCAUCACCGUCUUCCUCUUCCUCUUCCCCUUCUUUGUCAUCAUCGUUGGCAUUUUCUCCCCCGUCCAUUGCUAUCUCUACUCUCUGUUCUACAUCAAAUUCAUCAGGGUUAAUUUGUGACCCAGAUCAAUAUCAUCAUGAUAUUCAAUCACACAAUACAUUAGAUUGUCAAUAUAUUAAUCAUUAUAAAAAUCAAUCAAAUCCUUGUUUAACUUUAUUAAACAAUUCUUAUCAGAAAUCAAUUAAUUCCUUACAGAAUCUGAUCAAUUCAGAAAGUAUCGAUAACAUAACUAGAAAUAAUAAUAAUAAUAAUGAUAAUAACUGGAGUACAAUUAAUGUCAAUAAUGAGAAUAGUAUCGGCACAUAUGACAAUACCAAUUACGAUGACAUUGAAGGUAAUAUAACUGAUUCGACGGUUGAUGAUAAUAAAUUAUUAUCACGAAAUACAAUUAAUUGGUAUAAAGAAUUUUCUCUGAAUCAAAUAUUUUAAUGUAUUUAUUACUUAAAUAAUAAAUUAAAGUUCUAUUAAAAUAAUAAACUUACGAUCAUUUACUUGAAAAAAAAACAUAUUUGUGUCUUAUGGAUUCAAACCUAGUAACUUUCUUUUAAAAUGUUGAUGGUUUAUCUACUUAGCUAAGUGGUCAGGAUUAUCAUUUGAUCAAUGUGACCUAAGAUAUUACGAACUUGUAACUACAACUUAUGACGUAAUGGCUAAAUCGAGACAAUCAGCUCAGGAUGCAUAUAUGACAUCAAUAACUGAUCAAUCACAAUCCUAAUUAU